GGAGCGGCUGUGAACCCACGUGGGUCCUGCGUGUAUUUUAGUUCCCCGAACCCAGUCCUUUAAACUCUCUCCCUGCCUACUAGGCAUGGGUCGCUCGGGGAAGUUGCCCUCCGGGGUCUCGGCCAAGUUGAAACGCUGGAAGAAAGGCCACAGCAGCGACAGCAACCCGGUCAUCUGCCGCCACCGGCAGGCCGCCCGCAGCCGCUUCUUCAGCAGGCCUUCAGGAAAGAGCGACUUGACAGUUGAUGCGGUGAAGCUGCAUAAUGAACUGCAGUCGGGGUCCCUGCGCCUGGGCAAAAGCGAAGCCCCUGAGACGGCCAUGGAAGAAGAGGUGACGCCGGCUUUCACCGAGAAGUCUUCUGGCACCUUCCUGAGCGGCCUGUCUGACUGCACAAACGUCACCUUCAGCAAAGUGCAGCGCUUCUGGGAGUCCAACUCCGCUGCCCACAAGGAGAUCUGCGCUGUCCUGGCUGCUGUCACAGAGGUGAUUCGCUCCCAGGGUGGGAAGGAGAGUGAGACUGAGUACUUCGCUGCGCUGAUGACAACCAUGGAAGCGGUGGAGUCCGCGGAGUCUCUGGCGGCUGUCGCUUACCUGCUGAACCUUGUCCUCAAGCGCGUGCCCAGUCCUGUGCUCAUUAAGAAGUUCUCCGAUACCUCCAAAGCCUUCAUGGAUAUCAUGUCAGCCCAGGCCAUCAGUGGCUCCACCUCUGCCCUCCGAUGGGUCCUCUCCUGUCUGGCCACCCUUCUGCGGAAGCAGAGCCUCGAGGCCUGGAGCCUCCCUGUGACCAUGCAGGUGUACCACGGGCUGCUGAGCUUCACCGUGCACACCAAGCCCAAGAUCAGGAAGGCUGCCCAGCAUGGGGUGUGCUCCAUCCUCAAGGGCAGCGAGUUCAUGUUUGGUGAAAAGGCCCCUGCCCAUCACCCUGCUGCCAUUUCUGCCGCCAAGUUCUGCAUCCAGGAGAUUGAGAAGUCCGGAGGCUCCAAGGAGGCCACCACCAUGCUGCACAUGCUGACCCUGCUGAAGGACCUACUGCCCUGCUUCCCAGAAGGCCUGGUGAAGAGCUGCAGCGAGACUCUCCUGCGGGUCAUGACCUUGAACCAUGUGCUGGUGACAGCCUGUGCCAUGCAGGCCUUUCACAGCCUCUUCCAUGCUAAGCCCGGUGUGCGUACCCUGCCGGCAGAGCUCAACGCCCAGAUCAUCACAGCCUUGUACGACUACGUUCCCAGCGAGAAUGAUUUACAGCCCCUGCUGGCCUGGCUGAAGGUCAUGGAGAAAGCCCAUAUCAACCUGGUCAGGCUGCACCGGGAUCUGGGGCUGGGCCACCUCCCUCGCUUUUUUGGAACUGCGACGACCUGCCUUCUCUCCCCCCACUUGCCAGUUGUAACAGCUGCCACCCAGUGCCUCCAGGAGAUCCUGAAAGGGUGUGUCGCUCCCCACAUGGCCGACAUUGGCUCCGUGACCUCCUCGGCCUCAGGCCCUUCCCAGUACAUUGCCAAGAUGUUCAGGGCGGUGGAGGAGGGCCUGACAUACAGAUUCCAUGCAGCAUGGAGCUCUGUGCUGCAGCUGCUGUGUGUCUUCUUCGAAGCCUGUGGGAGACAGGCCCAUCCUGUGAUGAAGAAGUGCCUCCAGUCGCUGUGUGACCUGCGCCUCUCCCCCCACUUCCCCCACACGGCAGCUCUGGACCGCGCGGUGGGUGCUGCGGUGGCCAGCAUGGGCCCCGAGGUGGUUUUAGAGGCCGUGCCUUUGGAAAUCGACGGCUCUGAAGAGACUCUGGAUUUCCCCCGGAGCUGGCUGCUGCCCGUCAUCCGAGACCACGUCCGGGAAACGCGACUUGGUUUCUUUACCGCUUACUUCCUGCCUCUGGCCACCACCCUGAAGAGGAAAGCAAUGGACCUGGCCCAGGCAGGCAGCACAGUGGAGUCCAAGAUCUAUGACACGCUACAGUGGCAGAUCUGGACCCUCCUGCCUGGGUUCUGCACGAGGCCCACAGACGUGGCCGCCGCCUUCAAAGGGCUGGCACGGACUCUAGGCACGGCCAUCAGCGAGCGCCCAGACCUGAGGGUCACCGUAUGCCAGGCCCUGCGCACUCUCAUCACCAAGGGCUGUGAGGCAGAGGCUGAUCGUGCCGAAGUGAGCCGCUUUGCCAAGAACUUUCUGCCCAUCCUAUUCAACCUAUACGGGCAGCCUGCUGCAGCCGGAGAUACCCCAGCUCCUCGGCGGGCUGUGCUGGAAACCAUCAAAACUUACCUCACCGUUACUGAGCCUCAGCUGGUGAAUGGUUUUCUGGAAAAAGCCAGUGAGAAGGUGCUGGACCCCUCUAGCUCUGACUUCACCAGGUUGUCUGUCCUGGACCUGGUUGUGGCCUUGGCUCCCCAUGCUGAUGAAGCCGCCAUCAGCAAGCUCUACUCCACCAUCCGGCCCUACCUAGAGAGCAAGGCCCACGGGAUACAGAAGAAGGCCUACCGUGUGCUGGAGGAGGUGUGUGCCAGCCCCCAGGGCCCCGGGGCCCGCUUCGUGCAGAGCCACCUGGAUGACCUGAAGAAGACCCUGCUGGACUCGCUGCGGAGCACCUCCUCGCCCGCCAAGAGGCCCCGUCUGAAGUGCCUCAUACAUAUUGUGAAGAAGCUCUCGGCCGAGCACGAGGAGUUCAUCAGUGCCCUUGUCCCAGAGGUGAUCCUCUGCACCAAGGAGGUCUCGGUGGGAGCUCGGAAAAAUGCUUUCGCGCUGCUGGUGGAGAUGGGCCAUGCUUUCCUUCGGUUUGGCCCAAACCAGGAAGAGGCCCUGCAGCGUUACCUCGUCCUCAUUUACCCUGGCCUGGUGGGUGCAGUGACCAUGGUCAGCUGCAGCAUCCUGGCCCUGACCCACCUCCUCUUCGAGUUUAAAGGUCUGAUGGGGACCAGCACGGUGGAGCAGCUGCUGGAGAACGUGUGUCUGCUCCUGGCCUCGCGCACCCGUGAUGUGGUGAAGUCGGCACUGGGCUUCAUCAAGGUGGCAGUGGUCGUCAUGGACGUGGUGCACCUGGCCAAGCACGUGCAGCUGGUGAUGGGCGCCAUUGGAAAGCUCUCGGACGACAUGCGACGGCACUUCCGCAUGAAGCUUCGGAACCUGUUCACCAAGUUUAUCCGCAAGUUUGGGUUUGAGCUGGUGAAGAAACUGCUGCCGGAGGAAUACCACAAAGUCCUGGUAAACAUCCGGAAAGCAGAGUCCCGGGCCAAGAAACAGCGGGCCCUCCACCAGACCGCCGUGGAAGAGGAAGAAGAGGAGGAGGAGGAGCCCGUCCAGGGCAAAGGCGACAGCAUCGAGGAGAUUUUGGCCGACUCAGAGGAUGAGGAGGACGAGGAGGAGGAGCGGAGUCGGGGCAAGGAGCAGCGGAGACUGGCCCGCCAGAGGAGCCGGGCGUGGCUGAAGGAGGGGGGCGGGGACGAGCCCCUCAACUUCCUGGACCCCAAGGUGUCCCAACGAGUCCUGGCCACGCAGCCUGGGCCAGGCCGCGGCAAGAAGAAGGACCAUGGCUUCAAGGUGAGCGCUGACGGCCGGCUAAUCAUCCGAGAGGAGGAGGAUGCCAACACCAAGACAGAGGAAGAGGAGGGCACCAAAGGGGAGGAUGAGGAGAUGGCUGACCUCAUGGAAGACAUAGGCGUCAAGAGUAAAAAGCGCCAGAAGCUUAAGCAGAAAGAGGCUGAUGACGAGGAGCUGGAGAUGCCCCCUCAGUACCAAGCGGGAGGCUCUGGCAUCCAUCGCCCUGUGGCCAAGAAGACUAUCCCCGGGGCUGAGUACAAGGCAAAGAAAGCAAAGGGUGACGUGAAGAAGAAGGGUCGGCUCGACCCCUACGCCUACAUCCCCCUCAACAGAACCAAGCUCAACCGCAGGAAGAAGAUGAAGCUACAGGGGCAGUUCAAGGGCCUGGUGAGAGCUGCUCAGCGGGGCUCCCACGUGGGACACAAGCUCCGCAGGAAGGAUCGUCGGCCCUGAGCCCCAGGGCCCCCUCCUCCCCAAGCUGCUCUGUGGUCCAGCCUGAGGCCCUUUUCAGCCCCCAGGCUGCCUUGACACCAGCUCCAGAUGCUCCUGUCAGCAGUGGAGCCUGGACUGAGUGACUUGUUGGAACCAGGCUUGGGUCCCAGAGGUGCCCUGGAUUUUGGAAGCUCCAAAUGAGAAUCUAUCUCCCUUCAGAGAUGCCCCUGGGGUCUGGAGAUGGGAAUGUGGCUUUGUCAUCGCCGAGUGGCUAGUGGGGCAUCUGUGCUUUCCAUCCAGAGUGUUUGCAAACAACAGAGUAGAUAGAUGGUCUUCCUUUCCUCCACCUGCUUGUAGCCCUGUGGCACUCAGCCUGGCUGCAGUUCUGAGCGUGUGAAGUUUGCUUUGACCAGACAUAGAAUAAAGAUGCAACACCA